AGCAUUCAGUCGAUAGUGCUCGCCAUUUCCACUUCGGGAAAGUUAAAGUCUAAUGAAAAGAGUUGUACACUUAAGUGAUAUUUUAAACCGCUCGCUGGUUAUAAACAGCCUUUAAAGGUCACGAGGCUGUUCAAUUUUCAUCUGUUGGCCAAAGAAAACCCGGGACAAUCGAGACAUCAUGUCGAAGGCUAAAACGCAGCAACCGGCGGUGAUACAUAAAGUCAUCAUGGUUGGAAGUGGAGGCGUGGGAAAGUCAGCAUUAACAUUACAGUUUAUGUAUGAUGAGUUUGUAGAGGAUUACGAACCGACAAAAGCCGACUCGUAUCGAAAGAAGGUAGUCCUGGAUGGAGAGGAGGUGCAGAUUGACAUCCUAGACACUGCCGGACAGGAGGACUACGCAGCAAUUCGGGAUAAUUACUUUCGUAGUGGGGAAGGUUUUCUCUGUGUCUUUUCUAUCACGGAGCAAGAAUCUUUUCAAGCCACGGCAGAAUUUAGAGAACAAAUUUUACGAGUGAAAAAUGACGAAAACAUUCCAUUCCUGUUGGUUGGGAACAAGUGUGACUUAGAGGAGAAGCGACAAGUUAGUAACGAUGAAGCCACAAAACGGGCCCAGGAAUGGAAGGUGGUGUACGUGGAAACCUCAGCAAAGACAAGGACAAACGUGGACAAGACGUUUUAUGACCUACUGCGCACGAUGAACAAGUUCAAACAAGAAAAGCGAUCUGGUAAAAGUAGUUCUGGGCCUACUAAACAGAAGGCCGAGAAAAAGACCGGUGACAAAAAGAAAACUAAGAAACAGAAGAAAAAGAAAUGUGUUCUUAUGUAACACUGUUCCACUUUUGGACCGACGCCAUGUAUUCUACGAUUUGAUGAGGGAGAUUCGCUCACGGAAGAUGGAAGCAAGUCGACAGAAUAAUGGCAAACAGAAGAAAAAGAAAGACAGUCGCAAAAAGAAAUGUGUAAUUUUGUAACCAACACCCCUCGUUAUAACUCUCCCCAACUGUGCAAAAGACAUCUCCACAUCAACGCCCAAACUAGGGGCUCGGAAAUCAGCCACACUGUGUCCAGGCAAGUCUUCUGGACCUGGGGUUAGUGAAAGACCUAGGAUGGCCGUCAACAGUUGGCGUAUGUCCUAGGACUGUCCCUAACCCAGGCAUCUGUUCACAGACACAGCGUCACUUUUUCAGGAACAGUUUCUGAACAUUUGAUUGGAAACAACGAUGUGUUUUGAUAAUUAGAGAAAUGCUGAGGGGACAUUGGAAACAGCAUGUCAGGAUUCGUGCUAACCUGUAUGUUUUAAUAAUGUUUUAAACAAAAUUUGAAUGUAAAGAUCGGAAUAUUUUCAAGUUUGAAAUUGUUACAUUUGUUUUCGUGUGUUGAUAAUUACCGAGUAAUGAAUAGAAAGAUUGAAAUGUAAAGUGGAAAGUCUGAAGGACCUUUUGUAUGCUUCAUUAUAUUUGAUAGGACCAAAAGUGUACUUUUCAAUAUCAAAUGUACGCGACUUGUUGAAUCAUUGUGCUGCUUGCAUUGGAAGCAAUGUAUUGCUUAUAGUAUAAGGGAGGUAACUCUUCAUGCAGAGCUGUUGCCAGUCACUGCAACAAGGCUUUUGAAAUCCUUCAACACAGAAGAUUCCUUUUUGAAAAUCUUUUUUGAGAACCUGAUGCCAUGUGUUAAUGUAAUUGUACAAAUAUUCUUGUAUUACAAUAUAUAUGAAAGUUUGAGAUUUGAACCUAAAUGACACUUUUUUUCUCGUAAUGGAGCGGAGUAAAUUCUGACACCUGUUUCUGCUUCGUGGUAUUUUGUUGCAUGUACAGCCUCAUUGUGUUGAAUAAAAUACCAUAUGUCCACGUCCUGUCACAAGGAACAUUCAGAAUACUGUGUCCGAGUUGACUUUGAAUAGAUUGAGUUGACUCCACUGUUGAAUUCAUAUUUUGAUAUAAACUUGUAAGAUGUAUCUCUUUUGUUGUCUGUGAGCAUCAAGGCAAAAGUGUCAGAUCCAUGUUACAGGUGAUACGGGCUUAUCACAUUAUCAUCAGCAUUGGUUCCUAUAUUUGUCGGUGAUUCUGUGUGAAACAAUUACAACAAUGUUCACAAUUACCGUGUUUGACGUAAUAAGCGCCCAGGGAGCUCUCAAAAUUAGAACUAGGGGACUCUUAUUAGAAUAUUAUUUUGUCAAAAAAAAACAUAGUUGAAAGAUAAAUUUCGUGGUUUAUGCUGACAGUCUGAAAUGUUUAUAUACGAGAGAUAUAUUUUUCCAGAAUUUAAUUGCCCAUAAUUAAGGGUGCAUAUAACACACGAGUGCGUAUUAUACGCGAAUAAAUUAGUAUUGUGUACAUUGAUCAAUCGAAGGGUGCUAUUUUGAAUUGUUCACAAGCCAAUAUGUUAGCAAAUAUCGCUGUGGGUGCUUAUUAGAGCAGGGCACUAAUUACGUCGAAUACGGUAAGUCAAGAGUUCCUUGUCAUAACCCGAAAUUUAAAAGUUUUAGAUUUAGGGGUCCCGAGGUUCAAAUACAGCAGACAACCUCAAGAACCCCCUUAACUUCAAACACUGCAUCAAUAUGAUCUGAUUGAUAAGAUUAUAUACUGCUCAAAAGAAGUACAAAAACAGACAAUGUGUUCAUAUGACUAUUGUUAAGCUGUCAUAUGGGUGUUCCUUAACUUGUUUUGAGUAAUAUACAUGUGAUUUUCCUCUGAAAGCACUGUUGAUUUACGAAUGAUCUCUCAACUCGCUCGAUCUCUGUUACUGUUCGACAGAGCCAAAACACAUUUUAUGUCAAUAGCAAGUGUUUACUAGAAUUCAAAGCGUAUUAUUUUUGGUUUUGAGCAGAGCUAGUUUUUUUAAUCAGCAUCAUAUGAGUAUUUAUCUGUUUAAAAAGAUUACCUAGUUGUUAAAAUAUAUUGUUGUAUUUCGCUGAUAGUAAGGUAUCUUUGAGCAAUGUCUUUGGACACAGUAAAUUAGUCAUGCCAUUUUCGUUCAUUGUUUAUUUGUCAAAUGAGGUAUAUUUAAUGAGUCAUUCAGGGCCAAACUUCAGUUAAUAAAGAAUAUUGAGGGUAGGCUAGUUGUUAAAAGUCUGAAGGGGGGCACGGGUGGCCCAGUCGUCUGAGGCGCCGCGAUUCGCUGUGCAGCAAGGGUUGAAACUGGACUUAAUAGUCAGUUAACUCCCUUGCGUCGGGAAGAUACAGCUCUGAAGAUGACACUCAACUUGAAUCUUUGAUUAAUUCAGAAAUUAAACAUCCAUUCAAACCUCACAAUAUAAUUUCAAUGUUUAUACGUUUCCUUCUUCUAUCUUGAGGAAAGAAAUAAGCAAGAAAAAUUAUAUGGCAAGGAAAUAAGUUGGUCUUGCCCAAAGUAAUAAUAUUACAUUUUGAUGUUUAGUCUAUGAAACUAUCUAACACAGGUCUGGCAAAUAGGACAUAAGAUUGAUAUCGUGAUGCGAGGAUGGAUGACAACAUGACCUUAACUGUUGCCCUCUAGGUUCCUUUUUCAAAAGAUGAAACGUGUCUUAUUGGAAGUCAAUGGUAUUUGGAUACCAUUAAGAUGGGCCGUUGUGACUGUGAUUUGGAAUAUGAUCUGCUGGUAUUCAGUGGGACAUUUGGCAUUCUUGUCAUAAAUGUUAUUUAUUAGUCGGGUGUAAAUUUCUCUACAGUCAAUAGACUAGCAUCUUGUACCAAUUGUAUUUAGACCAGUGCUCACUUUGUAUAAACUUGUAUAAACCUUCCCGUUAGCAUGCUGUUGAUAGGACUUGAACUUGAUGAUUGUGUUCGCAAGCAGACAUCCUUGAUUAUCCAGGAUUUUUUAUCUCCGUUCUAUUAUGAUAAUACCCUGGACCCAUCCCAAAUGAUAGUUCACUCAGAAGUGAUGUCAUAUCUAAAUCUUUCCUAUCUCACACUUCACACAGAAUUUAUUUUCCUCAUGACUGAUUUGAUUUGAUUGCUAUUAUUAGCAUCGUGCCAUUUCAAAUCGGUAGUGAGUGAGUGAGUGGUCUUACGCCGCUUUUUAGCAAUAUUCCAUCAAUAUAUCGGCAGGGGACACCAGAAAUGGGCUUCACGCAUUGUACCCAUGUCGGGAAUCGAACCCAGGUCUUUGGCGUGACGAGCUAACGCUUUAACCACUAGGCUACCCGACCGCCCCCAAAUCGGUAGUGAAUGGUCCAAGGUACUUACCAUAGAAUGGAGAUGUGGUACACUGGAUAAUCGUGGGUGACAAGCAAGUGGUUCAUUGAGAACUGUAUCAUGGGGGGGAUGCUCGGAGUUGUCUCCCCUGGAGCCAUAAUGUUCGUCAGUACAAUGUGGAUGUAGACAGGAAAAUUGGGAUGUACAUUCAGCAUGGCCGGAGGUAGUUUCUCCAAGGAGAAUAAUAUGACUUGGUAGUUGGCCUAUCAGCAAGUAGAAAACAUUCUGAAGUGAAGGAUGGUAUGUAUCUUACAGAUCAGUAUUGAAGUAGGGUUUGCCCAGAUAUUUCAAGAAAUAAAUCUAUGACUGGUGUUAAAAAACAAACUCUCAUGUUAUCAUGUUUGACCUAAUGUUACCAUAUUUGACAUGUGCCUAGCGUAUACAAAACUUUCCAAGGUGCUUUUCAAAGAUCACCAGUCCCAUUUGAUCAUAUGACGGUCAGCUUUCGACUAAAAUUUGCUGUGCAGAGUUGCGUCCCCUGGGCAUGCCAGAAACCUAUGAUUGUGGGUUCGAAUCCUGGUUCGCCCGAUUAUGUUUCUAGGUUUGUCAGCACCAUACCCAUGCUCGUGGGUUUCACUGAAGUGGUAAACAUCCAAGACCUGCAACACUUCGGGCUUUCCUCCCACAUUAAGCUGACAUGCCGUGAUAUAACUGGAAUAAUGUUAAAAGCGGCGUUAACCCAACUCACGCCCUCACUCCCUAAAAAUAUAUAAAUAAUAGAAAUUUGUACUUGCUGCCUUCAUAGAAGACCAUUCCCUAAACAUGAGGUUCUGAACCAGGGCAUUAAGUGUUGACUCAAAUGUCCGGUAAGCAAUAUUUUAAACCGGACAUUUGAGAUUCCCAAUCGGACAUGUCCGGCGCAUAUGACGGUUUCCGGACCCCUGGUGUUGAGUAUGAUGGGUCAGUGAAUGAACUGCUGAAGCAUUUGUAAACCACUGCAUGAGACCCAUGGUCCUACCAGACCCAAGGUAACUGAGAGCUUAGUUCGGCAAGGCUGGAAACUCGACUUUUAUAGUCAGUUAACUCCCUUGCCUUGGGAAGAUGGUCAAUCUGGAGCUCCUUCAACAGUUAGUAUUAUGACUGGUCCAAUUGUUAAGAUAAGUCAGUUGUAAAAGUGUCAGCUUGCUGCUGACUGGUAAGAUUCUCAUAUAAAGGAUUGGUUGAUAAGUAGGCUUUCUGACUGAUAUGAUACAGGAACUUAACAUGGUUGCAAGGUCUUUCACACACAGCAGACAUUUAAUUUGUGUGGUCUUACCAAACAGCAACUAAGGGAUUAACUCUAAGAGAUGGUGUAAAUUCAAUAUUUUCUUGAUAAAAUUAUUUCCGAAUUAUUCAUCUAGGGAUAAAUCAUUCUGAAUGACUGAACAUUUUAAUCUGCUUUUGUCAUUAUUUGCUAAUCCAAUGAGUUCAGUGUGUACAGAUGAAUUGUAUGAUGCUCCCCAAUUGUAUAGUUGAGCUGUGUGUACUAGGCUUCCAGCUUGUGUACACUCGCAUCACCCCCCUCUUCAGUGUUUCAGCCAACAUGUCUGUGAUGUGUUGGCACUGGUGAGCAGUUAGUGUGCAUGUUUAGGCCAUGAUAAAUUAAUUAUUAGAUUUUCAUCCUCACCUGCCUCCGUACCGAACACCCCGCUUCACAUCUGUUUAUUGUCCCAAGUCCCUACCGAUGAAGAAAAUCAGUGUCCCGCCUCCCUUUCCCGAGUGAAAUACACCUUUUGCGUAGUCCUACCAAACAUUUAUGCGAGGCACAUCCGUUGACAGUUAAUGUACACACAUGCCUAGAUUAUUUUUUUGUUAAAAUAUUACAUUCAAAAUUAAAUGUUUCAACGUUUUUUAAGAAUUGGGGUGAAAAUUUAAUUAUGUAUUGUGGCUUAAUUCCCUUUCUGUACAUUUUCUUCUACAAAUCACAUUUUCUUUGCGCUAUGACAAUUAUAAUGAAUACUCAUACAUUUAUCUGUAUUUAUGGUACGUGGUGCUGAGAUCAACAUGGGUCUUGGCAAUUUUUUUGGAUAGUUUAGGUCAUUCAAGUUAAUUAGUUAUUUUUUUAUAAAAAAUUUUUUUUCAUGUAUGAACAGAACAUCUCUCUUGCUCCUUGUAUCAAUUAUGGGAUGCUAAUAUUCCGACUUUUAAUAUUGCCAGUCAAGUUGACUCAUUGAGAGAUGCUAGAUAUUUGAAACAUGGUGGACUAACGCACCCUGUAGAGAUUGUGAGGAAGAAUUAGAUCCAGGUACUGUCUUUACAUUGUCAACUAUAGUGAGAUGUGGGUGACCAGAAACGACCAAUUCUCAGCAGUGACGUCCCUGGCUGAUUUCGCAUUUGGUCUGGAGCAACUGGAUUGUUGCUCCCAUCACUGACCACCUGUUUAGAGAGGGGGGGAGGGGGGGGGGGGGGGGGGGGGGGGCUGAUAUGGCUGAGGAUGACCCGAAAACGUCAUGUACUUUUUUAGUAACUUCAUGAAUAUCUCUUCAUAUGAAGUGUGAAAUGUGAAUUUCAUAGGAACAUUAAAUAAAGCAGUCAAUUCAUAUUUUUCACAGCUAUUUUGCCCUAAACGCCACUUGGAAUCUGUUUCGGCGUAGUCAAGACUGGUUAUUCACUUGCAUUGACAUUUUGUAUUUAGUUAAUACUUACCCUCUGCUCAGUCUGGAGUGAUUACACCACAGUUCAGAAUAUGUAUGCAAAUUGUCUUUUCAAAUUGAAAUUCAAAUCCAGAUUGCAUGAUUUUUUUAUGUCAAGUGCUACUAGAUUGUUCUCACUGAAGAGUUCAGUGAGUGUUGUAUUCAUAAUUAAUAGCCAUAGCCAGUGUAGUGUAUUUUGUGGAAGGAUUUCAGUUUGAAGAGACAGCACAACACUUCAUGUUGACAAGGAGCCACUGUGUCCUUGAGGGAUUAGAUGUUACAAUUGGUCAAUUAUGCCAUUUGUUUUAUACAACUUUUAACAUUUGUUUGUCAACUGAAACUGUUUCUAUUUAAACAUGUAUCAAUUAUUGCCUUUGUCAAUGCCCAGUAAUUUCAUUAAAUACUGCAUCUUUUUU